CUUCAAAAUAAGAGGAAUGCAACGUGAAGGAAAUUUGUAAAAAUAUCUGAAUUGAAAGUGUUUUGAAUGUGAAUUUACAGAACAUUGAUUGUUAUUAUACACUUAUGUAGAUAUAAACUUACUGCAACCAUGCCAAAUACAGCGGCCUAUGUUGGAUCUGGAGAUAUUGAUGACAUAGAAGAUAUCAUCUCUUCAGCUGAUAUCACUCCCAAUGAGAGAAUAAACAACAAGAAACAAGUUGUUCCCAAAAUAUUGAAACAUAAUAAAGUUAAAAAGAAAUGUGUAAAUAAAACGGAUGCUGAUGUGAAGGACUUUAAGACAGAUAGCAUCAUACCAGGUACCCAGAGUGUUUACCUGAAGACAUGGGGGUGUUCUCAUAAUAAUUCCGACAGCGAAUACAUGGCUGGACAGCUUGCAGCUUAUGGCUAUAAAAUAACAGACUCAAAGGAGCAGGCUGACCUUUGGUUGCUAAACAGUUGCACUGUAAAGAAUCCAGCAGAAGACCACUUUAGGAAUGAGAUCAAUAGUGCCCGUAGUCUUGAGAAAAGUGUCGUUGUAGCAGGAUGUGUUCCUCAGGGAGAUAGGAAAGCUAACUAUAUACAGGGAUUGAGUACUAUAGGAGUACAGCAGAUCGACCGUGUUGUUGAAGUAGUGGAAGAAACAUUGAAAGGUCACACUGUGCGAUUAUUUGGCCAGAAAAAACAAGAUGGUAAAAAGAUAGGUGGCGCUCAGUUAAAUUUACCAAAAGUUCGGAAGAACCCAUUGAUUGAAAUAAUAGCAAUUAACACAGGGUGUUUGAAUCAGUGUACAUAUUGUAAAACAAAGCAUGCUAGGGGCGAGUUAGGGAGCUACCCACCACAAGACAUUGUGGACAGAGCAGUUCAGUCAUUUCAAGAAGGGGUUGUAGAAAUCUGGCUAACCUCAGAGGAUCUUGGGGCCUAUGGGCAUGACAUAGGUGUGACACUUCCUCAGUUGCUGUGGAAACUUGUAGAUGUUAUUCCAGAGGGCGCUAUGAUGAGGCUCGGAAUGACAAAUCCUCCAUAUAUAUUAGAGCAUUUGGAGGAGAUGGCAAAGAUCUUAGACCACCCUAGGGUUUACUCAUUUCUCCAUGUACCAGUGCAGUCAGGGUCUGAUAGUGUUCUCAUGGAUAUGAAGCGGGAAUAUUGUAGGGCAGACUUCAAACAUGUGGCAGAUUUUCUCAAGGAAAGAGUGCCUGAUGUUACCAUAGCAACUGAUGUGAUAUGUGGCUUUCCUACAGAAACAGAAGAGGAUUUUGAGGAGUCUAUGAGUCUAGUUCGCGAGUACAAGUUCCCUAGUCUGUUCAUUAACCAGUUCUUUCCCCGUCCUGGCACCCCUGCAGCUAAAAUGCAACAACUGGACAAGAAACAUGUGAAGACAAGAACCAAGAAGAUAUCUGAGCUUUUCCAGUCUUACAAACCCUAUGACCACAAGGUAGGGCUUGUACAGAAGGUGUUAGUAACAGAAGUAUCACAUGACAAGGAGUACUAUGUGGCACAUAACAAAUCAUAUGAUCAAGUGCUGGUCCCAAAAGAUGAAGAACUCCUAGGGAAGAUGUUCGAAGUGGAGAUCACAUCAGCGGGGAAACAUUACCUCUUUGGGAAGUUGGUCUCUAGCAAAGACACUGCCAUGCGUCCUGAGACUGUACCUCCUCCAUUAAAGAAAGGAGAGAUCUCGGGUAUUGCCCAGAGAGAGGAAUCAAUGGACAGAUUUUCAGCGAGGACAUUUUUUAAUAUCGCAGCCGUUGUGCUUCUAGUAGCAAUACUUCUGAGACUGAAACAGACUUUUAGUUCACUCAUAUAUUAAACAAUUUUGAAAAUUGGGUUUCAUUGGAAAGUUAUAAUAAAUCAUGAUAAAUAAAUCUAUAAAUAAAUUUAAUGAGC